CUUAAGCUACAUAAUCUUUACUCCCUGGAAUGGAGAUAAGAAACGCCCUAACCUUUGGAAUAGAAAUUGAUAGGAUUAAAAUCAACUGGUAUAAAUACAGAUGUAACAAGACAAUAAGACACAGAACCUGGAACCUUCUCCAGAACAGUGUCUUGGGAACUCACCUGGCUGGGGAGACUUCUGGAAGAGGCUGCAACCACACAUCAAGGCUUGAUCCUUGAGCUGACCUCUUCCUAUUUUUCCUGCCACGGAAAGCCCUGGAUCUGCUCCUUAGGUGAGUGCACCAUUGCCCAUUUGCACUAUUCUAAAGAGAAACAGCGGCCGCGGAGGCCCCAGAGAAGAACGAGAGGGCGGGCGAGCGAGUGAGGUGCUCCCGGGCCGGCCUGGCCCCUCUCCUCACCAGCUCCGGCCCUCCGCCGUCUUUCUCCGCUUCCACCUUUUCUCCUCUCCCCCCCAAGUGGAGGCCCCCUCCAGGGGCAGGGGGGUGGGGAGGACCGGGACCAGGACCAGGACCAGGAGUGAAUUCCACUAACUCCUUCACCCUCUCCCCAUACCUGGCCCCCGUGUGAGGAGAACCCGGCCUGGCCCGCGUCCUGUGUGAGGAGCACCCGGGCCAGCCCACGGGCCGUCUUGGGCCUGGUGUGGCCCGCUGGGUGUGUGAAGACCGGGGCAGGUGCGGCCCAGCCUGAGGGCGAGCCAAGGCGGGGGGCCUGGUCCAGCUCACUGCCGCCGUGAUGGCCCAGAAGCAGAUGACCAGCUCGCAGAAGGCCCUGAUGCUGGAGCUGAAGUCCCUGCAGGAGGAGCCGGUGGAGGGCUUCCGGAUCUCCAUGGUGGAUGAGUCCGACCUCUACAACUGGGAGGUGGCCAUCUUCGGACCCCCCAACACCCUCUACGAAGGCGGCUACUUCAAGGCGCGUAUUAAAUUUCCUAUAGACUAUCCAUAUUCACCACCUACCUUCAGAUUCUUGACCAAAAUGUGGCACCCCAACAUUUAUGGGAAUGGACAUGUACGCAUUUCAAUUCUUCAUCCACCCGUAGACGACCCACAGAGUGGUGAGCUGCCCUCCGAAAGGUGGAAUCCUACUCAGAAUGUCAGGACCAUCCUGUUAAGUGUAAUCUCAUUGCUUAAUGAACCCAACACCUUCUCCCCAGCCAAUGUGGAGGCUUCAGUUAUGUUCAGGAAAUGGAGGGACAGUCAAGGAAAAGACAAAGAGUAUGCUGAAAUCAUUGGAAAACAGGUUUCAGCCACUAAAGCUGAAGCAGAAAAGGAUGGAGUGAAAGUCCCCACGACCCUGGCGGAAUAUUGCAUCAAAACUCAAGUACCUUCCAAUGACAACAGCUCAGAUUUGCUUUAUGACGACUUGUACGACCUUGACAUUGAUGAUGAAGAUGAGGAGGAGGAAGAUGCCGACUGCUAUGAUGAUGAUGAUGAUUCUGGGAAUGAGGAGUCAUGACCUGCCCCUUCAAAGCCCCUGUACUGCCCUGCCAUCUCAGGCCAAAGGGAGGGGAGCAAGUGGGGACCUAGCAGUGGCCCCUCAGCAAAAACCUAUCACGGGGGUGGGGAAAACAAACAUGGCUCCUGCUGACUCCCCUUGUGGAUCUCAGUUUGCUCCUUUUUAUGGACCUCUUAAUAGAGAGAAGGUAAUUGUGGACGAAAGGGGCCACAUGAUGACCAGACAAACUCAGGGAGGCCUGCAUGGCCGUCUUACAAACUCAGAGACCGAAACUCACCACCAAGGAUGGCCUAAAAUUAAACUUUAACUUUAAAUUAAAAGCAGUGAUGGUGGGCAGUUACGUCCUAGACCGGUAUCUUCACUGACAAGGUCAACCUUUACCUUAACUGAGCCUACUGUC